GCUGUUUUGAGGGCUUGGCCUGCUGUCUGACGAUCCAUAUUGAGGCUGAAUGCCCGCCUCGGUCAAUUGUCAUUUCUAGGCGAUGCCCUUGGAACAAGCGAAUACCGUACCCUCCACAGAGGGGCAGGGAGACCACGGGGGACAGCAGCUGGUUGAACCCGUGUUUUGGGAGCACGGUGUGACUGCCCAGAAUAGCCAAGUUCAAAAAUUCUGCCAGCCGUUGACAGAAACCUACCCUGUGAGAUCAAUCGUACAAAUUUCGCGAACGAUAGACAACAGAGGCAAGCUGGACAAACAGUCAAUGAUCACUUCGUAAAUAGCAUCCUAGGUACCUAGGUAACUAUGGGUGGGAUUCGGACAUCCCUCUACAUACGACGUUGUAUUAGUCCGAGUCUGCUGUGAGCGGAAGACUUCCGGAACCUAUUUUCGGGUCGAAAUACGGUGGAGGGUACGGUGUGCUAACCGUCGUCUGCGUUUUGUCUCAAUAAUGUGCUUCGUUCCUUUUGCACCGUUCUCCAGAUGGCUGCACCUCAUGUACAGUACAUGUGAAACAGUACAACGGCUCUCCAGACUUCUGUGCUCCUUAUGCCUUUGCGUGCAUUGAUGAAUACGAGGUCCCAUUGGGUGCCAACAAAGAUGCUGAAACCCGACCACGACCGCCCGGCUAUGACGUCGCACAAUCCUCAGCCGCACUGCCCGCAUUGAGCGACUCGGAGAUCCGUUCAUCUUCACGCUGUACAUAGCGAUGACUUUCUUCCGUGACUCAGUAUCAUCAAGAUGCCUUUCGACAUGAUUUCGACCCUCGCCUUUCUCGUCGCAGCCGCCCUCCAUCGGGCUCUGGCUAUUCCUCCGCCGGACUUUGGCUUUCCAGAGGCUCCAAACCAUACAGAGCUCUCAAUAACAUACCAGAACAAUGGGAAUUCCAUCGUCGUGUCUGAAGCCGAACUCUUCGGAGUUGGUAUUACUGCCCAAGCACCUGCUGUCGCCGUGGAGACCGCACACUACGAGUCCAUCUCAUCCUACAAUGGCUCUUACGUGCUUAUCAUGGUCGAUCCCGAUGCGAGAUAUCCCUCUAGUCCCAAUCUACGAUUCCUCCUCCACUGGCUUCAGACGGACAUGAGCGUUGCUGCUGAAUCCUCUGACGGCACCAGUCUACUGGUGAACACGACUGCGGCACGUGUACCUUACUUAGGGCCGUCCCCUCCUACAGAUUCCGCAGCGCAUCGCUACAUCAUCUAUGCUUUUUUCCAGCAUGACAAUUUCAGCUUUCCGCAGUCUUUUGAAGGUUAUAACGCUACAAACCGGACAAAUUUCAAUCUCACAGCCUUCUUGGAUGAGUCAAAACUGGGCCAAACCCCUGCGGCUGCGAUGUACUACUUCGGUAGCAACCAUACGGGGGUACCACAAGAUUUCACGGCACAAGCAGGUGGGACAUAUCCAGGAGGCAACGAUGGCAUGAUUACAGCUGGGCCGGGCCCGAGUAUCACUCCUAGCACCUCGUCUGCCACGACUGCAACAUCCAGUACAGUCGUCACGGGCUCGGCUUCUAGCUCCGAGGCCUCCGCUUCAGCCUCUACUACUUCAGCCUCAGGCAGCGCAUCUUCAACUGGAACCGCAGCAGGCUCAGCAGCGUCGGCUUCCAGUACAGGCGGGGCCGUCACGUUAGUUGUCAGGCGUGGGCCUAUAUUCGCUGGCCUAUUGUCACUGUUAUAUCUACUUUGAGAAGUCCCAGACAUGAUAUGAACAGGUUACUACCAAAGCAUGCGCAAGUUCCGCUUUCGAACAUGAUUUCAAGGUCGCGUCAAGAAUGACACGAAGGCGAGGAAGCCGCACUUAUGUGCUUUUCGCCGUCCGUGCCUAUCGCCACUUGUAUACAUAUCUCCCUCGAUUGCUGUACUCGCCUACUGUUGACAUGAGACCACGCGGGUAACAUACUCUGUAGGGCACAAGACUUACAAGUAAUAGAUAUUUAAGCCGUCAUUACCACGCCGCCUGUCUCGACUCAUGCUGAACAAGGCCUUGAAGCUGACUCUUUCGGCCUGGAUAGGGCAGUUUUCUCCAGAUCUGCUCACUCAGAAAACUUCCGCCCCAACACUUGGAUGAAUGAACUUUACCAAGGAGAGUUGUAUUUGUCAUAAUUCAGAGAUUUCAGAUGCCAAUGAGCUACAAAUUCCUAUGCCAAAGAGUGUUAUCAUUCUCCAACUUUACGCCAUCUGCCAUCCUUGCCGGGUGUUCUCAGACAGUCGUUGCUUGCCAAAUUGACAGGAAGCAGACAGUUCCAACGCGCGCUGGUUGCUUUCCAGUACGUUCUCAGGGCCAUCCCGGGAAGCCCGCUCGCAUUCUGGCAAUAAAUUUGGUGGAUCACCUCUUACUGGAAGGACAAUCAACAUUUCGUCGUGAACCGGUCACUUCUGCUUCCUAGCUUCUUCUUCUCGCCUCUUUUCAGCCUCACGGUCGGCUCUGACCUGUGUAAACAAGGGUUAGCAACAGCCUUAGCCAAAUCUCAGGUGCCAUACAUCAGCUUCACUCGGCGUAGCAUUCGAUUCGUCCCAGUGGUGGCUGCCUUUCCUGUCGGGCAACUUUUCUUGUGUAGCUUGGCUUUCUGGGUGAGCCUUACGAUCUGCUUCAGCCUCGGCGCGGUGGAUGGCAGUGGGUUGAAACAUCCGAGCAGUCGAUGUAUACGAACGACUGGUCACAGGGGAGAUCUGGCGUGCCCUCAGGGCAGCGCCGCUGAAUGGCUUCAUAGUGAGAUGAUUCGAUUAAUCGCUUACGGCAGUGAUAAUUCUGAGGUUGAGCUUUCAAAUCGACAUGUCCGUGGAA